UUUGAAGGUGGAAGUGGCGCCGGCGGAAGCGGAAGUCGUGGCUGUGGAGCCUGGAGAGUAAGAUGCUUCCGCUAUCGCUGCUGAAGACGGCCCAGAACCACCCCAUGCUGGUGGAGCUCAAAAAUGGAGAGACGUACAAUGGGCACCUGGUGAGCUGUGACAACUGGAUGAACAUCAACCUCCGUGAAGUCAUUUGUACCUCCCGGGACGGAGACAAGUUCUGGCGGAUGCCGGAGUGCUACAUCCGGGGAAGCACCAUCAAGUACCUGCGCAUCCCGGAUGAAAUCAUCGACAUGGUGAAGGAGGAGGUGGUCUCCAAGGGCCGAGGCCGUGGUGGGAUGCAGCAGCAGAAGCAGCAGAAGGGGCGUGGACUGGGCGGCACCGGACGUGGUGUGUUCGGAGGCCGUGGCCGAGGUGGGGUGCCUGGGAGUGGCCGUGGGCAGCAAGAGAAGAAGCCAGGAAGACAGGCCGCAAAGCCCUGAGAGGCUCAUGGCUGCCGGGGAAGGGGCCCGGGAUCCGACAGCAAUCCCACUGGCAAAGGCUGGUCAGCCGUCUGCCUUGGUUCCACAAGAUGGACUUUAGGUUGUGCUCUUUUCUUUUCUUUUUGAUGUUUUCUCUUUUUUUAAAGAAAUACAAAACCAGUGUUUGGACAAAAUUCUCCUGAGUUUCAAAGAGUUCCUGAUAUGACGGGAUUGUUUUGGUUCUCGUUCGUCCUCUUCUGGCAUUCCCUGGGAGAGAAGUUCAAUCCUUGCAAUAUUCCCAAAACUUGGGAUUGAUGAGAACGGAGUGUUGUGUUGGCUUCGGGACAAAUCUGGGUUCCGACCACCGACAGGCAGCAUUUGCUCUUGCUUCUUCAACUGCUGCUUUGUGGAGAAAUAAGCCUCUGCUGGGGAGAAAAGAGCUCUUCGAAUCCUUACAGCCAUAGGACCUUGUUUUCUACCUGGGAUUCUCCCCUAAAAUGUACCCUUUCCCCUGUCACUCUGAAAUAAAAGAGGUUGAAAUAGCAA